AUGAAGUACUUGGUGUUUGUGCUCUUGGUGGCUGCCGCUUGCGCUUCUGAGGUAGAGAAGCGAGAUGCGGAGCCAAGUCGUGCCUUAAGCUAUGGCCACGGUGUCCACCACCACGCCUACUACCCCCGCACCUACUACCACCCCUACCACACCUACAACAAGAGGUCCGCCGAGCCUGAGGCCGAAGCCGAUCCUUCCUACGGUUCGUACCACUACCGUCCCUAUGGUUACUACAACACUCCUCACGUCCACCACCACUACAAGAGGUCCGCCGAUCCUGAGGCCGAAGCAGAGCCCUCUUACGGCUCCUCCAAUUACUACCGCCCACACCACUACAUUCCCUCCGUCCACCACCACCACAAGAGGUCCGCCGAGCCUGAGGCCGAAGCAGAGCCCUCUUACGGCUCCUCCAACUACUACCGCCCACACCACUACAUUCCCUCCGUCCACCACCACCACAAGAGGUCCGCCGAGCCUGAGGCCGAAGCAGAGCCCUCUUACGGCUCCUCCAACUACUACCGCCCACACCACUACAUUCCUUCCGUCCACCACCACCACAAGAGGUCCGCCGAUCCUGAGGCCGAAGCAGAGCCCUCUUACGGCUCCUCCAACUACUACCGCCCACACCACUACAUUCCCUCCGUCCACCACCACCACAAGAGGUCCGCUGAGCCUGAGGCCGAAGCAGAGCCCUCUUACGGCUCCUCCAAUUACUACCGCCCACACCACUACAUUCCCUCCGUCCACCACCACCACAAGAGGUCCGCUGAGCCUGAGGCCGAAGCAGAGCCCUCUUACGGCUCCUCCAACUACUACCGCCCACACCACUACAUUCCCUCCGUCCACCACCACCACAAGAGGUCCGCUGACCCCGUUGCUGAGGCUGAAGCCAGUUACGGCUAUAGGUCGUACCAUCCCGUGUACUACCCCUCCUACCAAUACACCCCCUACACUCACAGCCACUACAAGAGAUCUGCCGAGCCAGAAGCUGAUCCUGAUUUCAUCUAUGGCCACCAUCACCAGACGGUGUACCGUCCCUACCAUAGCGGAGCUCACAAUGGUUACGGUUACCGCGGUCACCACCACUAA